AUGGUCCUCCGGUCCCAAUGGGUUAAAACCCACUGGUUCUUGAACGUAGUUUGCCGGGUUAAACCGGCCCUGAAAGACAGGAGUAGGAUCGCCGAAGGAACGGUGCGAAACGGAACGCUAGAGAGGUAUGUACGAAGGUUGUGGGUUAUCGGGCUCGUUUUCCGAGUGCGGCCCGAAAGAGCGACGUUUGAGAUUUGGGGAUGUUUUGUGGGUGGUCGGCUGUUGGGAGAAAUAGAGGGGGUAGAGAGACAGGUUGUUGAUGGUGAUGUUGGAGACCGUGGAGUGGUGAUGGUGGGUCAGGUGAUGGUGGAGAUAGUGGGUGGUCGGCGGCAGGUGAGGGUGGGAGGCGGUGGUGGUCGGCGGCAGGUGAGGGUGGGAGGAACUGAUGGGGUCAAAAAUGGAGUAGGAUUUCUAGUGGAUAUAGAAUUGCACAAGAAUGUGAUUGAGGUGAUACGACACAAUGAUAGGAUUAUGGUGUUAAGGUUAGUACUAGGUGAAGAGCUAGUGGCAGUAGUUUGUGCUUACGCACCACAAGUAGGAUUAGGGGAUCAAGAGAAGAGAGAGUUUUGGGACUGUUUAGACGCUGUAGUGGGAGCCAUACCUAGGGAGGAAAGGAUUGUUAUAGGGGGUGAUUUUAAUGGUCACAUUGGUAAGGACAGUGAUGGUUUCCCAUCAGUACAUGGGGGUUUUGGUUUUGGUGAUAGGAAUGAGCCUGGCAAGGAUCUCCUAGAGUUUGCGGUGGCCCAUGAUUUAGGUAUCUUGAACUCAUUUUUUAGGAAGAGGGAAUCACAUUUAAUCACUUUUAGUAGUGGGGGACAUAACACGCAGGUCGAUUAUAUCUUGAUGAGGCGAGGUGACCGAAGAUGGUGGAUGGACUGCAAGGUUAUACCAGGGGAGCAAGUAGUGGCUCAACAUCGUUUACUGGUGGCAGAUAUAGUCCUAAAACAUAAGCUUACAAACACAAAGAUGGACCUUUUGAGUUGCUCAAACGAUGAGGAUCGAGUGAGGUUGAGGGAUAAAUACAAAACGGCCAAGAGGGAGGCGAAGAUGGCUGUAACGCAGGCAAAGAACACAACUUACAAAAUGAUGUAUGAAAGCCUGGAAACAAAGGAGGGUGAACAUCAUAUGUUCAAGAUCGCUAAAGCUAGGGAGCGUAGGAGGCAGGAUCUAGGGGUAGUGAAGUUUAUAAAGGGAGAUGAUGGACGUGUUUUGGUAAAUGAACUUGACAUUAGGUUGAGAUGGCAAAACUACUUCCAUAAUCUUUUCAACGGUAGGAUAGACUACCAACAACAAAGUGAAAACCCUACUAUCCAAAGGCGACAACGUCAUAGCGGUUACGAUCAGAGUAUCACACAUGGGGAAGUUAGAACAACACUUAGGAAGAUGGGAAGGGCUAAGGCGAUUGGUCUUGACAACAUACCAAUUGAGACGUGGUUGUGUUUGGGAGAGGAAGGAGUUCAAUGGCUACAGUCCCUAUUCAACCUUAUUUUCAGUUUGGGAAAAAUGCCAGAUCAGUGGAGGCGUAGUGUUGUAGUGCCCUUAUAUAAGAAUAAAGGCGACGCUCAAUGCCGCGAGAACUACAGAGGGAUUAAGCUGUUAAGUCAUACUAUGAAAUUAUGGGAGAGGAUAAUUGAGACUAGGAUUAGAAGAGAAACGCAAGUGACGGUAAACCAAUUUUGUUUUAUGCCAGGGAGGUCAACUACAGAAGCGAUACACAUUCUAAGGAGAUUGAUAGAAAAGUAUAGGGAGAAGAAACGAGAUCUACAUAUGGUGUUCAUUGACCUAGAAAAAGCAUAUGACAGUGUACCACGUGGACUGAUUUGGGAUAGUUUGGAGAGUAGAGGGUUACCUGGGAAAUAUAUAGACAUAAUUAAGGAUAUGUAUGAUGGGACCGAAACUAGUGUUCGUGCACCAGUAGGGGAUACUAGUUUUUUCCCAGUGGAGAUAGGACUCCACCAAGGGUCGGCGUUGAGUCCGUUUCUCUUUGCAGUUGUGCUGGAUGAGUUGUCAAAGUCGAUACAGGAGCCGAUACCAUGGUGCAUGCUUUUUGCAGAUGAUAUUGUGUUAGUCGCGGAGACUAAACAGCGACUAAACGAGAGGUUAGAAGAGUGGCGAGUUGCUUUAGAAGGCAAAGGUUUAAGAAUUAGUCGUUCAAAGACCGAUUACCUUCACUGUGAUUUUAGUGGAACAGUCGACCGCGAAGAUACUCAAAUCACCAUUGAUAGCCAAGCGGUGCCACAGGUUACCAAGUUUAAAUAUUUAGGAUCGUUUGUACAAAAGGAUGGGGAGAUAGAUAGUGACGUUUCCCAUCGUAUACAAGCUGGUUGGUGUAGGUGGAGAGCAGCCGCUGGGGUAUUGUGUGACAGGAGGUUCCCAACUAAAUUAAAGGGAAAAUUUUAUAAGGUUGCAGUUAGACCUGCUAUGUUAUAUGGAACAGAUUGUUGGGCUAUCAAAAAGACGCAGACACGCAAGAUGGAGGUGGCAGAAAUGAGGAUGUUACGGUGGAUGUGUGGGCACACAAGGCUAGAGCGUAUGAGAAAUGAGGUUUUUAGGGAAAGACUAGGGGUGGCUAGUAUAUCGAGUAAGAUUAAGGAGGGGAGAUUGAGAUGUUUGCAUUGUUUGCUUGAUGUUUGGUUUCGAGCCGGAGGUCUUUUUGGAAGUAGCCUCUUUAUCCAUAUGGAUAGAGCUGACUUCAGGAAACUAGCACCUCCUCUUACUGAUUCUGAAAAAAGGAUUCAAGCGAUCAGACUUCUUCCCGAGAUCGAAAGAAGCUUCAUUCCAUACCCAACAUCUUCAAGCCAACAUUCCAGUUCAAACAUGUCUGGCCUUGGAGUGCCCAGGAAUGUUUAUUCGGUUGUACAGUGCGCGUAUGGUGAUUUACGGAAAGAUCCGGUGGAUAUUAAGUGA